UAUAUAAACCAGAAUUACUCCAAUUCUCGGCACUUGUUUCAGCACUCUCUCUCUCUCUCUUCCCCUUAUUUCAAUAUUUGUUCUUUCUCAGAAUAUGAUACAAAUCGGUUCUUCAAUUCCGGUUCAAAACCCGAACCCAUUUCAGACCCGAUCAACCAGUUUCAGCGUUCGCGUUUCCAUAACUCAAUUACGAAGAAAACCAUUGCAGACUUGUUCAUCUGAGUCAACAAGGAAUCACCUUUCAAAUCUCGAAAAGCUACUCGAGAAACAAUCACAACCCAACCCACAAAAACCCGACCCGGUAAUUACAAAGGAUGCUCCAGUUAAAAGCUUACAAGAAAGCAGAGGAAUGGCCCUGUUAGAAAGACUUAAUCUUUCUGGAAUUUGGUCGGAAAAGAAACCGUCCAAUGAACUAUCGCCACGUCACGUCAAACGACUACAACGGUUACUUUCAAAAUCAAUUGAAUAUUCUCCUCGUAACAGCUUGGCAAACCGGUGGCGGGAAUACCACGGUUGCAAUGAUUGGUCCGGUUUGAUUGACCCGUUAGACGAGAAUCUUCGGCGAGAAAUCGUUCGCUCCGGCGAGUUUAUUCAGGCGGCAUACCAAGAAUUUAAUUCCAACCCGGCCACGUCAGCAGACUCUGUUCCUACGCCACAUCACGUGACACUCCGUGACAAGUCAUACAAGGUAACUAAAGGAUUGUACGCCACGUCAUCGGUAGGUUUACCUAGUUGGGUCGAUGACGUGGCGCCCGAUCUCGGGUGGAUGACCCAAAGGACGAGUUGGGUCGGGUAUGUCGCGGUUUGCGACGAUAAACGGGAAAUAGCGAGAAUGGGGAGGAGAGACAUCGUCAUCGCGUUACGUGGCACCGCCACGUGUCUCGAAUGGGCCGAGAAUUUUCGGGACGUACUUGUUCAAAUGAACGAUGUAUCCGACCCGAAUACCCAAGACCAACCGAAGGUGCAAUGCGGGUUCUCGAGUCUAUUCACAACACCCGGAGCCCAUGUACCGAGUCUAGCCGAAUCGGUGACCGAAGAAAUCAAACGUUUAGUAAACCAAUUCGAAGGUGAAACCCUAAGCAUUACCGUGACAGGACACAGCCUCGGGGCAGCCCUAGCUCUACUAGUAGCCGACGAGUUAGCCACAUGCGAACCAAACAUGCCACCCGUGGCUGUGUUCUCGUUCGGUAGUCCUAGGGUUGGCAACCGAUGCUUCGCGAACCGACUCGAAUCGAAGAAAGUCAAGGUCCUACGUAUAGUAAACUCACAAGACAUUAUCACUAGGGUUCCGGGUAUCUUCGCGAGCGAAGAAUUGGAUAAGAAGUUACGUAGCUCGCCAGCAGCCGGAAUGCUCGACGUGUUGGACGAUAACAUGCCAUGGGCAUACUCGCAUGUCGGGACCGAGUUAAGGGUGGACACGAAAAUGUCACCUUAUUUGAAACCGAAUGCUGAUGUGGCGUGUUGCCAUGACCUAGAAGCGUAUCUUCACUUGAUAGAUGGAUUUGUUUCGUCUAAUUGUCCUUUUAGAACAAAUGCAAAGAGGAGUUUAUGGAAAUUGGUAAAUGAACAAAGGUCUAAUGUGAAACAAUUGUACACAAAUAAGGAUAAAGGAUUGAGACUUAAUCUUGAAAGACAAAGAUUUGAGUCAAUACCUCCUUCUUCUUGAUUCAUUAUAGAAUUCUUUGAU